AUGGCUCCUUACCACAUCCGCAAAUACCAGGAGAACGACCGCAAAGGGGUCUUGGACGUAUUCUCCGCUGGGCUGAUCGAGUAUGCCCCCACCACCUUCCGCCACAUCCUGAAGCUGCCCCGAACCCUCGUGCUCUUACUUGGGGGGCCUCUCACCAUAUUCCUGGUCUCUGGCUCCUGGGUCCUGCCCCUCAUGACCAGCCUUGCCCUUCUCGUCGUCCUGAGGCUCCUUGCUAAAUAUCCCUGGACUGAGUAUGGAGUUAGAGCCUUGAACACAGACAUGUCUGACAUCACCAAAACUUACCUCACUGAGCAAGGUUCCUGCUUCUGGGUGGCCGAAUCUGAGGCGCAGGUAGUGGGUAUGGUGGGCUGUCUGCCAGCUGAGAAUCCAGCCUUGAGGAGGAAGCAGUUACAGCUGUUACAUCUCUUUGUGGCCUUGGAGCACCGGGGCCAGGGGAUGGCGAAAGCCCUGGUAAGGACUGUCCUCCAGUUUGCCCAUGACCAGGGCUACAGCGAGGUGAUUCUUUCUACCAGCGCACUGCAGCACUCCGCCCAGGGCCUUUAUGAGAGCUUCGGCUUUCAGAAGAUGCACAGGCUAUACUAUUCCUUGAUCUGGAGGGUAAUCGCUGUUCCUGGGACUUACUUUAUCUACCACCUGCCCACCUCUCAGGUGCCGCAAGCCCCGCAGCAGGGAGAGGACCUGUGA